CGUCCCCUGAACCCCAUUACUCCCACGGGGUCCCCAGUCUCGGCUUUGGUCUCCACCGAUCCCUGCCUGAAGAUUUGCUUGAAGGCCGCCCCCAACUCUUCCCUCACCCCCACCCCCACCCCCAGGGGCCACUCAAGACCAUGACUAAGACAGAUCCUGCCCCUAUGGUCCCACCGCCCCGGGAGGAGGAGGAAGAAGAGGAGGAAGAGGAGACCGUCCCGGAGGCCCCCAGCCCCACCCAGGAGCGCCGGCAGAAGCCUGUGGUGCACCCCUCUGCGCCUGCCCCGCUCCCCAAAGACUAUGCCUUCACCUUCUUCGACCCCAAUGACCCGGCGUGCCAGGAGAUUCUGUUUGACCCCCAGACCACCAUCCCUGAGCUGUUUGCCAUUGUGCGCCAGUGGGUACCCCAAGUCCAGCACAAGAUUGAUGUCAUUGGCAAUGAGAUUCUGCGUCGAGGAUGCCAUGUGAAUGAUCGUGAUGGGCUGACCGACAUGACGCUGCUCCAUUAUGCAUGCAAGGCUGGGGCCCAUGGAGUCGGGGACCCUGCGGCGGCUGUGCGCCUGUCACAACAGCUGCUGGCACUGGGUGCCGACGUGACCCUGCGCAGCCGUUGGACCAACAUGAACGCACUUCACUAUGCGGCCUAUUUCGAUGUACCAGACCUGGUGCGUGUGCUGCUCAAGGGUGCAAGGCCACGAGUGGUGAACUCCACGUGCAGUGACUUCAACCAUGGCUCAGCCCUGCACAUUGCUGCCUCCAGCCUAUGCCUGGGUGCCGCCAAGUGUUUGCUGGAGCAUGGUGCCAACCCAGCGCUUCGGAACCGAAAGGGACAGGUGCCGGCGGAGGUGGUCCCGGACCCUAUGGACAUGUCCCUGGACAAGGCAGAAGCAGCACUGGUGGCCAAGGAACUGAGGACACUGCUAGAGGAGGCUGUGCCACUAUCUUGUGCCCUCCCCAAGGUUACACUGCCCAACUAUGACAACGUCCCAGGCAAUCUCAUGCUCAGUGCCCUGGGUCUGCGUCUGGGAGACCGUGUGCUGCUUGAUGGCCAGAAGACGGGUACACUGCGGUUCUGUGGGACCACGGAGUUCGCCAGCGGCCAGUGGGUGGGCGUGGAGCUGGAUGAACCUGAGGGCAAGAAUGAUGGCAGUGUUGGGGGUGUCCGGUACUUCAUUUGCCCCCCAAAGCAGGGUCUCUUUGCCUCCGUGUCCAAGAUCUCCAAGGUGGUGGAUGCACCACCCUCAUCCGUAACCUCCACGCCUCGGACUCCCCGGAUGGAUUUCUCCCGUGUCACUGGCAAAGGCCGUAGGGAGCACAAAGGCAAGAAGAAGUCCCCAUCAUCCCCAUCUCUGGGCAGCCUGCAGCAGCGAGAGGGGGCCAAAGCUGAGGUUGGAGACCAAGUCCUCGUUGCGGGACAGAAGCAGGGAAUUGUGCGCUUCUACGGGAAAACAGACUUUGCACCAGGUUACUGGUAUGGCAUCGAGCUGGACCAGCCCACGGGCAAGCAUGAUGGCUCAGUCUUUGGUGUCCGGUACUUCACCUGUCCUCCGAAGCAUGGGGUCUUUGCACCAGGAUCCCGCAUUCAGAGGAUUGGUGGAUCCACUGACCCCCCUGGGGACAGCACUGUAGCCAAAAAAGUGCAUCAAGUGACAAUGAUGCAGCCCAAACGUACCUUCACAACAGUCCGUACCCCAAAGGACAUCACAUCAGAGAACUCUAUCUCCAGGUUGCUCUUCUGUUGCUGGUUUCCCUGGAUGCUGAGGGCGGAGAUGCAGUCUUAGAGGCCCUGCACACUCGACAGAGAGACACAGAGCCCCCUUUAGUGUCUCCUGAGAUGAGGAGAACCCCAAGUCACCCUGAGAUAGAGAUCCCCAGUAACAUCCAGAAUAGAAACCCCCAUUAGCCAACCCUCAAUCACUGAGGUUCCCAUUAUUAACAGAUUCCCUCAUGAUAACCCCCCAAAUACAGACCCCCAUGUCACCCAGAGAUUCCCUGAGUAUAGCACCUUCAGGCUAUUCCCCUUCCCCAACCCCUCACAGCAGACUCCCCGCCCCAAUUAACAGAUUUCCACAUUAACCCAAGUGACUGACCCUCUCCACAUAAUACAACAGGUCUUUCUUUAGUCACUCAUCACUGAAUCAGAAACCCUCCCAUUAAACAAAGACCUCCCCAAAUCCACUUGAAAUAAACACAAGUCA